UUUUAUUAAAUGGAACUAUGUUGUAGAAAUAAAAGUGUAGCCUAAACAAAGAAAAAAUAAGAUUUUUGACUAAGUUUAUAAAUGUCUGCAAAGAAAAGUUAACUAAUGCAUACAUGGACAGAGCCCUGUAUUCAGAGAUACAACAAGAGAUUACUGGCUUAGUGGUCAACUGUAAAGUGAUUAUUGUGAAUACAUUGUUGUCCUCAUUUAAACCUCUUUGGGGCUUUAGACAUGAUAAAAGAGUUGUCCUGGUAAUUAUGGCCAACUGCCAACACUUCCCAGUAAUUAUACUGAGCUAAGAUUCUGAGAUGCUAUAUUCACAAAGAUCAGUCAAAAUGUUAUAAGAAAGUAUAGAUCAAAAUACAUAAGAAUAAACUAAAGCCAAAAUAAAAAUAAAGUACACUGAUGACGUCAGUCCUUCAGCUAAAGAUACAGGUUCGUCAUCAAGUGGUAAAUAUUGAAGUAUUCUGCUUACUGUCCCACUGUGAAAUCUCACGAGGAAAGACCGAAUGCAACAUGACAGACAUCCACAUUUGAAGAUAUUAUCCUGAAAAAUCACACAUAAUUAAUUUAGAUUUACCAAACAUAACAGGUUAAAAACCUACAAGCAAAUGUGAAGUAUCAAAACAUAUAAACAGAAUUAUAGUUUGAUUUGCAUUAAGCCACCAGAUGGUACUGAGGCUCUGAUCAUAAAGUUAUGUUAUAUAGUUAUAUGUGCAUACAUAAUUGAGAACAAGAACAAAGAGAUAAAAGAAGUCACUAUCAUUCUGAAAUGGCAACAUACCUGAGAAAAAAUCAUUAUACAGACCAACUUGAUAGGAUUUAUCAAGUGUGGAAAGAAAAUAGACCUGCAUAAAGCAGCUGGACUCAGCAGGGUGUUGCAUAGUGUUAUACAGUAGUUAUGUAAAAGGCUCUCUCCACUUUCAUGAGGAACCACUUGGAACAGUCAGGAUGUUAUUCAUUGGACAGAACAGUGAGAUAAAGACAUAAAAACAGCUAACCUAAAACAGGCAGUUCACACUAGACAUUUAAGUUAGUUAAUUGAAAAGUUCGUCCUCUGAGGUGACUUCUAUGUUCUCACCAUACCCUGUGUAUGUUCCACCAAAGUAGUCACAACACUGCCAUUGUGAAGGACUGCAUCCAUUGUUCUAUUGUGUGGCCACCCCCACAUUCACCCUUUCUUUGUUGUUAAAAGUGACCUUUAUAAAAUUUGUUCUUACUACAGCAACAUAUCAAAAUAUAAGUAUCUAUCUACAAGGUUAAUGUUUUGCAUGUUCCCCUGGUGGCACCAUCUUGGUAAACCAUACAACGUGGGUCCCAUCAUAUGCCAAAUUGUUCCUUUUCCUCCAUAUGUUAGGGACACAUCCCUUAUGAGAAGAACUGUCUGUCUGUAUCCAAAAGAUGAUUGGCUCUUUUACCUGUAAGGCGGGACUUCCUUUUCUACAUCCGUUGACCACUGGGCAUUCCAAUUUCUCUCAUUCAUUUUAAUAGUAGUGGCCAAUUUCCGCUAAAUAGUCUCUGGUUUUGGGUGAGAACAAACCAAAAUGUAACUACUUUUUUUACUGUAUAUUUUGCCAUUGCAGUCUCUAGGCACAAUACUGACUGAAAGCUCGAUUACACUCAGAAUGGGCAGAGUGCUAGGUGGCGCUAGGAAGUGUAAUCGAGUUUGAAAUCAUGAGACUGCAGAUGUCAAGAUUUAGUGUAAAACAUUAUUUACAUUUUAGUCUGUUCUCACCCAAAACCAAUUGGGUAUCUUCAGAGGACAUGGAUUAAACCACUGGAGUCAUAUAGAUUACUUUCACUGGCUUUAUGUGCUUUUCAGCGCUUCAAAGUUCUGGUCACCAUUCACUUGCAUCCUAUGGCCCCACAGAGCUGAGAUAUUCUUCUAAAAAUCUUCGUUUGUGUUCUGCAGAUGAAAGAAAGUCAUGCACAUCUGGGAUAGCACGAGUAUGAGUAAAUGAUGAGAGGGUAUUUGUUUAGGUAAGAUACUCAUUCAUUCUAAAUUCCCAGUUUAACCCCUGGUAAUCCUUGUGUUGAUGCUGGACAGACCUAUUGCUAAAGAUUCGACACAACUGAAGGCCCAUCUGGUUUCCACGUUGUCCGACAAGCAACAUUACAACAGAAAUGGCCUUUAGCUGUCCUUGUCGUACGUCCUCUCUGCAUUAACAACGAUUAUUCCACAUUGUCCUCUAAUGAACGAUAUUGUAGUUUAACAAAGAGCCUCAAACCCGUCGGUUCGUCAUUAGUCCCUCUGGACAGCAGCGCAUGUCAAUAUCCUUCACGGCAUGAGCUGCUGUGGCUCGGAGAGAGAGGAGGAGCCGCAACCGGUGCAUUGCAUAUCGACUCAACUAGAUAAUCUGAGGUUGCCCCGAUUGUCUGCUGCUGCCCACACCAUGAAACAAAAACGAUGGUGUACCCGUUAACCCGCUUCGUACUAAGGAAACAGUACAGAGGAGUCGUCUAAUGGGAUCAUCGUGGACCGAGCAUUAAAUGAAAGCGUUUGGAUUUAACUGUAGGCUGAAUUGUGUUUACGAGAGCAGUUUGUUGGCCCUUGUGGAUUUGACGUCUGUGUGGAUGUUCAGGAAAAACCAAGUGAAAGAGGUUGCCAUUAUUGUCCUGAAAGAUGGAGUGCUUCGCUGAAUCGGAGAAGUACCCGAAUGGCAUUUGUGAUGAUAAAAGCCAUUGUUACAGGUGUGAUAUCACAUCAGAGAGCAUUCUACUCUGAGUUGGUUUGCCCAAGUGUUGCAGCUUCCUUCAAGCUGCUCUGCAUCUAAUCUGCCUCAAAAUGGAUGCUUUGGUGAAUCCUGAGCUCAGAGAAGAUGUAAAUGACUGUUCGAUCAAGGUUGAAAACCUUGCGAAGCAAGUCAUAUUCAAAGGCCUUGCCCCUAGGGUCAUAUUGUCAAACCAUUUUCUGCAUAAAGGAACCAAGGCAAAGGUAAACCUUGAGGAACAGGGCCGACAGAAAGUCUCCUUCAGCUUCACGCAGAUUAAGAAACCACGUCAGAACUUAUUUCUACCCCCACCAAGCCCCGAGAAAUCUACAAGUGAACGCUCUUCACUGCAAGCUGGGACCUUAACCACUUCCGAUCUAGCAGGACAUAGCUAUGAAACCAAGAAUGUGGACACACAUUCUCCUACAGUGGGCGAGUCUCUGACAACACACCCCUCAGUAUCCUUCCCAGUCAAAUCAAAACAUGAUCUUGGAAAGAUGCAUUUUAAGAAACAGAUCCUCGGUGUGACUGUUGUUGAGGAUAACUUGAUUGUCAGCACUGAGUCAGCAGAAAUUUCAGAGCCAGCAGUCUUAGAGUCAGACAAAAUUAGAUCUUCAGCCAAGGCUGAAACUGAAACCAUAUUGCAACAGUCUCACAAGAACUCUGUCAUUGAUAAUUUUUCUGAUAAAGUUCUGAAAGAAGGAAAACCUCAGGAUAAAUUAGACUCAUGCCUUAAGGGUUCUGUUUCUUCCCAAAUUAGAAAGGAAGAUGCAGAUUGUUCCAUUAUAUCUGAGCAUGAGGAUGGCAGAAAAUUCCAUCCCCGAUUUGACAGCACUCUUCCAGGUUCAGAGUCUGAUGGGGAUUCAAUCCGGACAUCCUCUAGCCAAAAGUCUAGUAGUCGGAGAAAUAUAGUAAAAACUGAAUGCCAGAGUAAAGAAACCAAAAUAUCCUAUAAUUCAAAAAUGGAGGAGUCUGAAAGAUCAAGGUCUGAUAGGAAAGAAGACGACAAGGAGUCUAGUCGUUCAAAGGCUGAGCGUGACUCCAGGCACACAUCAUCAAGAUCUUCUCGUUCUGACAGAGACAGAAGAAGGACCAAAAGUCGGUCACGGUCUAGAUCUCGAGGUUGCAGAACUAGUUCUUAUUCCAGAUCUGAGAGAUCAAGGAGUGACAGACAGUUAAGGUCAGAUAGAUCACAUUACCAUGAUUCUGAGAGGAGGUUCCAUAGAAGUUCUCCACAUCGUGAAAGGAGAAACUCGCAUUCUCGAACCGAUGGCCGGUCUCGUGAUAGCUCUGACUCUGAGGACGACCACAGACGGGCAAGGAAUCGAGGUAGUGACUCAAGCCGCUCCUCCGCUUACUCUAGCUCACAAAAAGACUCAAAAUCAUCUUCUCACUCCAGAUCCCACAGGGAUUCAAAACCCACAGAUUGUUCUCGAGUCAGAGAACAAUCGGAGUCGGACAAAAGAUCACAGCAUUCAAAAUCAGAACGAUCUUAUAGACGAUCUGGUGGCUCCGAAUCCAAUAAAAAGAGCUCUCCUGAAGCAGAAGUUGUUGACAGGAAAUCCAGUGCCCACUUGAAAUUGGAGAUCAGUGCUAAAACCUCUAAUUCCAACUCAGCUACCUCAUCACAAACAUCUGAGAAAAAGGUCCAGAAAAAUAGUGGCAGCUCAGACUCUGAUGAAGAUCAUAGACAAAAAUCUCAAUCACAAGGGUCAGAGAGGUCAUUUGGAUCUGGUACUUCGUCCUCCAGAAAAACAGAUUCAGCAGACAACAAGACUUUAAAUAAAGUAACUGGAACAGAGAGACAAUCAACAGACAGAUUAAGUAAUAAUACAAAACAGUCACAGUUAGUCUCCAGUCAAGUUGUUCCUCAGAGGGAAUGCAGCAGAGUUGGUUCUGAACCUUUGUAUGAUAACUGCACUAAUUCUAAACACAGUUCUCAACCAAUGCAUGAAGAUUCACACAAACUCAAUUUGGUCACAACUCAAACUGAGCAUCAACAUCCAAACCAAGAUCUUAACAGUUUUGGAAAGUCCACAAAUGUCCCUGAGAGUCAUAAGACAGUUGAGACAUUGAAGGAAUCAAGUUCUAUGACAAGUAAAAGUCUGAAAGUUGGAAGUUUCACUGAGAUUGAUCUGCCUGUAAAGCAAAUAGAGACUCGUGUCCAGAGAGAUGCUCUGACAGAAGAACAGACUCAGCCAUUUUGUGCAGGUCACACUCCUGUUCAGGAUUCUGUAGAAUCACUGGCAGAACCUCUUUCUGUGAAAGAAUUAGCACCUGGAGGAUGCCUGAAAUUAAACACUAAACUGGAUGGGUCAUCGCUAAUCAUUAGUAAAAUUAGUACAUCUGUCACACCAAGUUCUAAAUCUUGUGAAAAAGAUUCUAAGCAGCUCAGUGUGAAUCCUGAACAACCUUAUAGUGAGAAUUUGAAAAGAGAUUGUAGUUCUAAAAAAUCACGAUGGGACAUUGUUGGUCAAGAUGCUUCAGAAUCAAAAUCUGAUGAUCAAAACUUAGUGAGUGCAGAUGUUACUUCUAUGAAAAAGGUCAUUUCAGCGAAGAAAAUAGAGUGCAGCAAUGAUGCAAACCCUGAUGAACAAAAACAGGACUCUGAAGUACAUUCUAAAAAAUCUAUAGAAGAACACAACAGAGACAUCGCCUCUGUUGAAUUUAGUGAAACAAUAAGUUCUCAUCCAUCUGACCUUGGAACCCAACAUAAUCAGGAUGAACAUAUUGUCAAACUGCUUGUAAAUCAGGCUGUUGAAAUUCCUAGUGAUCAUCUUAAUGAGGAGCAAAUCAAUGUAGACAAACCUACACCUGAAACUCAAGACCCUGAUCAGUUAAACCAUCAUGGUAAAUGCGAGGACAGUGACAGUGAAGAUUCUGACUCUGAUUUAGAUGAUGGACAGGUCUCAAAGCGGUUGCAAUCUGUGGUCGUUGUGCCAAAAAAUUCAACCAUUGCUCUUGAGAACGACGUGACUGAACCAUCUCCCGGAGCCUCAGUAUUCCCUGGCCAACAGCAGCCAACUGCUCAAAUGGUUGGCACAGAUGAAGACAUCAACAGGGAGUUUGCUUACGAAUUUAACUCUCAGCCAAAGCUUGAGGAAUUAUCUGCUCCACUCAUUAAGGCCGGUGAACAAACAGCAAUGCAAAGUGCAGAUGUUAAAUGUCAAUCUAUGUGCUCUGCCAAUGUGUCGUACCAAUCGCAGAGCAACAUGGUUGACAGCACCAGCCAUUCAGAGGCCACCAAUCCUCAUGUGGACAAGAACUGGAAUGCCCAAGAAAGACCAAAUGUCUAUGCCCAGAUGAGCCAAGCCUCUGUUCAGAAUUUUGAGAAAACAUGCAAGAAACUUAAAUUGGCUCACCAUCAGUACCUUGAAAAACUAGAUAGUUGGAAUGGAAGGAAAGGAGUUAAACAGCUGUAUGGGAACUCUGAUGACUUUAGUGAUGGGAAGGUUUAUAACUUGGGCUGGGACUUUAACCAGUCAGAACAGCCCAGCAGCACAUUUCAGCAACCGGACAGCAGUCAUGGCACCGAACGCCUGCCAAAGCCAGGAAUUGCUCUUUUUGAGAGCAUUCACAGACAAGGUCCAUGGGCUCAGCCUACGAUCUCUAAAACCAGCAGACCAUUCAACAAGUAUGUGCCUUUUCAGUAUCAUGAUUCAGUUAACCAGAUCCAUCCAGACUCGCUGACCAGUGACCACGAUGAGGACAGUGAGGGAAGGAUCAUGGGUAUUAAACGAGGAUCUGUCUUAUCUGCAGACCCUCCAGGGUCAUCCCCAUUUGUUCAAGCCCAUGAGAUAAGUAGCAAUUGUAGCUUCACCACAGAGAGUCAGAACAUCUCAGAAGCUCCUAGAGAAGACCACCAAAAGCCUCAUAGAGGAAGGGGCCCUCCCAAGAAGAGACGUCAAGACUUUGAAUCAGAAUCGGAUAAUGAAGCAGAGGCUGGCCUAACCAGUAAAAGGGAGUGUUUGAAUGAGAACUCAAGGGGUGCGAGAGACAGUAAGGAAACAAUUGAGCAAACUCAAGUGGCACAGCGGCCACUGCUCAGUCUAAAAAACUUCCAGGACCCAUUUGUGUGGAGGGAAAAGGCAAAACAGAAAAAGAUGCCGCCUUACUUUGACCUCAUUGAAGAGAAUUUGUAUCUGACAGAACGCAAGAAGAAUAAGUCUCAUCGAGACAUCAAGCGAAUGCAGUGCGAAUGUGCCAUCCUCUCGAGAGAGGAGCGUUCCCGAGGAAUAAUGGCAUGUGGAGAGGACUGCCUCAAUCGGCUGCUAAUGAUUGAAUGCUCUUCCCGGUGUUUAAAUGGAGCAUAUUGCUCCAACCGACGCUUUCAAAUGAAACAGCAUGCAGACUUUGAGGUCAUUUUGACGGAGAGCAAAGGCUGGGGCUUACGAGCAGCCAAAGACCUACAGCCGAACACCUUUGUUUUAGAAUACUGUGGAGAAGUUUUGGAUCACCGGGAAUUUAAGGCACGGGUGAAGGAGUAUGCUCGAAACAAGAACAUUCACUAUUAUUUCAUGGCUUUGAAGAAUAAUGAGAUCAUUGAUGCCACGCUGAAAGGAAACUGUUCUCGUUUCAUGAAUCACAGCUGUGAACCCAACUGUGAGACUCAAAAAUGGACUGUGAAUGGCCAGCUCAGAGUUGGCUUUUUCACCACCAAAGCUGUUUUAGCUGGGACAGAGCUCACUUUUGAUUAUCAGUUCCAGAGAUAUGGGAAGGAGGCCCAGAAAUGUUUCUGUGGGGCUCCUAGCUGUCGUGGGUUAAUUGGUGGGGAAACUCGGGUCAGUGUGCGAGCAGCAGGUGGGAAGAAACAGAAAGAACGUUCACGGAAAAAAGAAACUGACAGUGGCCUUACCACGUUGGAUGAGGAGCUGGAGGCUCUGCAGGAAAACGGAGAAGGCUUAUGUGGAGAGAAAGAUGUAAUCUCACUCUGCAGGCUCAUGGUGCGAGUGGAGACGAUGGAGCAACGACUCACCUGCCUUAAACUUAUCAAGAAUACCCAGAAUCCCUUGUGUCUGAAGCAGUUUUUGGAUCACCAUGGCCUCUCACUGCUAUGGAUAUUUAUGGUUGAACUUUCUGAGGCUAAAAGCAACUCUGUAAACAACAUUAAACUACAGCUGGAGAUAAUGAAAGCGCUGGCAGUCCUGCCCAUCUCUACGAAAAACAUGCUGGAGGAGAGCCGUGUGCUGCAGUUUAUCCAGCGCUGGGCUCAGAGCCGGCCACUUAGCCAACCUGCAGAACAGGAUGGCUACUCCAGUGAGAGCACCUCACGUGCCCAAACUCCACUCAACACCCCUGAUGGCCCACCAGCUAAGCUGGCCACUGAGAUGGAUGGAGACACUCCCAAGCGGGCAGUCUACCGUAGAUUGAAGAUUAUCAGUGAGAACAGUGUGGAUAGUGCCCUUUCCGAUGCCAGUAAGGCUUCGGAUGGGAAAGAGGAGGAGGAGGAAGAGGAAGACAUGGAGGAUGAGUCUUCACAGUUGGAACCCACGAUGGAUAGGUCAGAGAAGGUGGAAAGCUUUGAAGCACCUGCUGAGAGUCAAGCCAAGGUUGAGCCCGUGUUGAAAGAGGAAAAGCCUGAGGAUGGAGAAAUCACACUUUCAAGGCCCGAAGUAAUAGUUGGUGAGGAAGAGACACUCAACGCACAAGAACCUGAAGAGCAACUGCUCUGUAAGAGUGAGGAACAACCCUCCACUCAGGGUGAUGAGAAGCUGGUGGAAGCGCCCAAGAGUCAGGAGCUGGUGGAAGCGCCCAAGAGUCAGGAGCUGGUGGAAGCGCCCAAGAGUCAGGAGCUGGUGGAAGCGCCCAAGAGUCAGGAGCUGGUGGAAGCGCCCAAGAGUCAGGAGCUGGUGGAAGCGCCCAAGAGUCAGGAGCUGGUGGAAGCGCCCAAGAGUCAGGAGCUGGUGGAAGCGCCCAAGAGUCAGGAGCUGGUGGAAGCGCCCAAGAGUCAGGAGCUGGUGGAAGCGCCCAAGAGUCAGGAGCUGGUGGAAGCGCCCAAGAGUCAGGAGCUGGUGGAAGCGCCCAAGAGUCAGGAGCUGGUGGAAGCGCCCAAGAGUCAGGAGCUGGUGGAAGCGCCCAAGAGUCAGGAGCUGGUGGAAGCGCCCAAGAGUCAGGAGCUGGUGGAAGCGCCCAAGAGUCAGGAGCUGGUGGAAGCGCCCAAGAGUCAGGAGCUGGUGGAAGCGCCCAAGAGUCAGGAGCUGGUGGAAGCGCCCAAGAGUCAGGAGCUGGUGGAAGCGCCCAAGAGUCUGGAGCUGGUGGAAGCGCCCAAGAGUCAGGAGCUGGUGGAAGCGCCCAAGAGUCUGGAGCUGGUGGAAGAGACCAAGAGUGAGGAGCCGUCAAUGAGAUCAGAGUUCCAAAUUGAGUCUGUGACAGUGGAAGAACGCUCUGAAGUCAUGGACGUUAAAGAUAUGGAGGACAUUAGUAAUGAAGAUGUAGUUGCUGAGGUCCAGGUGGAGAAUGCAUCUUCUGAACAAAGCAGCUCAGCAGAGCACACAAGUAGCACCAGUUCAGAGAUGACCACCACACAACCAGAUGUCAUAAUGGAGAGCAUAUCCUCUGAAGCCACAGCUGUUGCCAUAGAGAGCACACCCACAGAAUGUCCAGCUGUCUCCGUGGAGACCACUCCACCUGGUUCUGCUGCUGUUUCUAUAGAAAACGCAUCCUUGGAGGUUGGCAGAGCUGCUGUUUCUGCUGGGGCUUUAGCCGUAGGAACUUUGGCUGUUCCAGCAGAUGGUGUUGCAGUGGGGACACCCUCACAAGAUGAGGAGGAGGCCCUAUCUGAUGUAGAGAGCGAGCAGAGUCAGGAGCCACAAGUCCGGGCUUCUGAUAUCAGUGACAUGGCUGCCCGUCUGCUGGAAAGCUGGAAAGACUUAAAGGAGGUUUACAGGAUACCAAAGAAGAGCCAGGUUGAAAAAGAGUCAAAUGAUCGCAGUCGAGAUCGUGAAGCACUGAUGACCCCUCGGACGCCUUCGAGCAGUCGAGAGAGAGAGCGAGAAAGAGAGAGAGAGCGUGAUCGAGAACGGGAAAGAGACUGGGAGCGUGAGCGGGAUUGGGACCGGGACCGUGAGCGGGAUGGAGAGAGAUCGACCAUUCGCAGUGCAGAUAGGAAAAGGCGACGAGGCUCCACUUCCCCUCUACCGCCUUCAGCUUAUGAGAGGAGUAACCGCAGAAAUGAUGACCGAUUAUCUUCCUACAGUUAUGAACAGGCCAGCAGCAGCAAGAAGAAACUGCACUCCAAAGAGUCUCGUAACAAGCUGUCGACAGAGGAACGUAGAAAGCUCUUUGAGCAGGAAGUGGCUCAGCGUGAGGCCCAGAAACAGCAGCAGCAGCAACAACAACAUCAGCAGCAGCAGCAGCAGCAACAACAUCAGCAGCAGCAGCAGCAACAACUGCAGACACUUGCAUUCCACCCACUGGCCUACACCUCCAGUCCAAGCUUCAUGGCCUACCCACCUGGAUACCCUAUCCAGACCUAUGUGGAUCCCACCAAUCCCAACGCAGGCAAAGUGCUCUUGCCCACACCUGCUGUAGAGCCUCUCUCUCUCUGUGUCACCCCAACUGCUGGUGGUGCUGCUGUUACCUUUGAACAAACACCUACUCAACCUAUAAUUUCAGAUCUAGGUCUAGCCUCACCCUCUUCCACCACCCAGGCCGUACCUACCUCCAGUUUGGCACACAUCCCUGCUUCUCUGGAGCUUUCAUCAGGCACACAGACUCAGCAGUUUGUCCAGCCUGCUGUGCCUACGCAGGACCUGAGCUUAGCCGUCCUGUCUGUGCCUGUGCAAACAGCCAGUCCACAGAUCCAAAAUCAGCAGGGCUACACCACGCUCUGGGACCCCAACACACAACAAGCAGUCACGGUGCAGACGCAGCCGACCCAGCAGUAUUCCACCACUGCACAGCCUCAGACUGCCAUCUACUACCAGGGUCAGCCCUGCCAAACCAUCUAUAGCAUUCCUGCCGGCUACCCACAGACCAACACUCCUGUCAUACAGACAUACACUGAGCCAGCCGCCAGCUACUUGCAUGGCCAGCCGGUGUACACUGGUCAUCAGCAGGGUGUGGUUGUACAGCAGGGAGGCACUGUCACAACAAUCCUCACAUCUCAAACAGUUCAACAGGAAAUGAUCGUACCCAACAGCAUUAUUGACCUUCCGCCCCCCUCUCCACCCAAACCUAAAACCAUUAUCCUGCCUCCCAGCUGGAAGGUGGCACGAGAUCCGGAGGGCAGAAUAUAUUACUACCACAUCAUCACCAGGCAAACACAGUGGGAUCCUCCUAGCUGGGACGGGACUACAGAGGAGGCCAGUGUGGAACACGAGGCUGAGAUGGACCUAGGGACGCCCACAUAUGAUGAAAAUCCCUCAAAGUUCUCUACAAAGACAGCUGAGGCAGACACAUCCAGUGAGCUAGCCAAAAAAAGCAAAGAUGUCUUCCGCAAGGAGAUGUCACAGUUUAUUGUGCAAUGCCUUAAUCCAUACCGCAAACCAGAUUGCAAGCUGGGCCGUAUUAGUAACACAGAUGACUUCAAACAUCUUGCUAGGAAGCUGACUCACGGUGUAAUGAACAAGGAACUGAAGUCUUGCAAUAACCCUGAAGAUCUUGAGUGUAACGAGAACGUCAAACAUAAGACCAAGGAGUACAUCAAGAAGUACAUGCAAAAGUUUGGCUCUGUGUACCGGCCCAAGGAAGACACGGAGCUGGACUAACUAGGUUCAAGCAAACACAGGAACCUCCUGGCAACUCUUUUUCAACUGACACCACCGACUCUGAGUGGCUGGCCCGAACAGUUUUUGGUGCAUCCGGCAGGAUGGCUCCAGAGCAAGCUGUUUGUUCCAAUUACUUUCUAACCAUGUCCUUAAUGCUGCCUGAGCUGGUCUGCACAGGGAUGGUUUUAUGAUGAGAUAUGCCUUGCAGCCCACAAGCAAACAGGAAACGGCUGCGGUUUGAAGUGCAGAGGACACACCGAAGGUGCUACACAGACUCCUUCCCAGAUUUCAUGAUCUUUUUAGUCUAUUUAACACUGUCUUAUGGCAAUGCAUUCAGUCUCGUCACCUUGACAAGGCGAAUAAUCUUCAACUCCAUUAUAGAUUAUUGUUCUUUGUGAGAUGACUCGUGAAGAAAGACAAAAGAAUAAGUGGACCAUUAAAAUACUUUUCCCCUGCCACCUCACUCUGUUACUGUAGUUGUGUUACCAAGGGCUUUUGUAAGUUUGGCUGCUCUGCAAAAAUGUCCAGAUCUUCACUGAUAAUAGUCGAGGAUGAUGAAGGAAUGCCAUGAACUUCUGGCCUCGCAGUUCAGACAGAUGCUAAGGAUUUUGUAAUGUCUCAGAAGUGAACCUAUACAUGUGUCUGUAUUCUCCUCAUCCAACUACCCACAUAACUGGUUGUCUUGGUCUCACUGGCCAAGUGUUAUGCUCAACAUUGUUUUUAUGAUUUUUAGACUAUGGAAUAUAAUUACGUGGAAGUGUGCAGGUAUGUAAUCUAACCCCAUUUUCUCUUGUCCCUUUUUUCCUCUUGACUUGGGGGGGAAGGUUAAGUAGCAACGAUAUUUUAUUAAGGUCUUUCACACUGUUUUUACUUUAGCAUUUUUAUUCAUGUCGGAAAGGCAUAUGUGAAGCCCUCCAGGAAGUUUGUAGCUUAUUUCUGUGGCCCUCAUGUAAGGAUUGAUCAGGUUUACUGUCCCAUAAGCUCUCGCUAUUAAUCAACUCAUCCCACUUUAUUAACCUGCAUUAAAUCUGUUUCCAAAACAUGUAUUAUAUUUCUUUAUAUGUGAAUAUAUUGAGAGUUAGUUUUUGAGACCAUUAGCAGAGACUUUGUGAAAGGACUGUGGGGGUCCAUGAUUUCUUGUGUACAUAUGUGUAAUUAUACCAUACCGGAAAAUGGGAUUAGAUGGACGUGAAUAGAUCAGAGUCCUCAUUCCCAUCAGCGUGGCUCCGGUGUUCCUACGGUAAGCAGGAUUCCACACUCUCCCACUGCUCUGUAUGUUGGGUUGGGUUUUAAUGGUGGGGGUGUCAUUAUCUUUUUUUUUUUCUCUGUAGAAAGACUUUGGAUCUUUUUUUUUUAUUUUUUUUUUUAUGUAUAAAUGGGAGUCUCACCCCACUCCACUGUAAGUACUGUGCAAGCACAUUGUCAUACUGAGUGUAAAAACAUUUUAAGAUAAAAUAAACAGUUUUCUAAAGAUAA